CAGCUGAAGUUGGAAGUAAUGCGAGAAAAUGAAAUUUUUGAGACUUACUUGCGAGAAACUUUGCCCCACUUGUGUAAACUGCUCGAAGCGGAACAAGCUAGUGCCACAGGUCGAUUUACGAAGCGUGUUAGACCCGCAUCUAGAAUCCACAUCUCAGGACAUCGGGAGACCCUGACAAUGAGACAGAAAUGUGAAAUUUUGGAAUCAGAAGUUAAUCGAAUUAACCAACAAAUUAUCAAAAUGAAAAGGGAAUUUGAAGAGCCCAUAAAGAACUACAAGGCCACUGCUGAAGCACUGGAGAAGAGAAAACGAGAGAUUCCGGAACUUGUUGCCAGCUUUAAAAGAAACGUUGUCCAGGGUGGGUAUGACGCACGUUUGGGCGCGGUCGCAAGUGAAACCCUGUUGAGAUAUCACGAAAUUUGCAUGACGCAUAAGGAAACGCAAAUCAACCGAUUUUUGGUCGAGAGUUGUCUUAUGCGAAUCAGAACGCGUCAAAUGCGCUGGAUUAUUCGACAACGGGAAAUAUGGCGUGCUGCGUUCACUCCACUCGAACUGGAGCGGAUGCGUCUGUUGCAUGCCAGUUCCUAUCGAGAGUGUGAUGAACUGAAAGCGGAAGUUGUACACCAAAAGUGGUAUCUCUCAAGGUUGUUGGGAAAAGUGCAUGAUUAUAAAGAUCGGAACGAAGGUCCCAUGGCCAGAAGCCUUAGAGGAUGGAGACGCGCAGGCGUUCCUGGAGGAUUUCGAGGACGUCGCGGAGCUGGCGGGAAUACGGUCGGACCGGGUUUGGAAUCAGGGUUUUUGGCCAACUCCCAGUGGUUCACCAACCCGGCUAUAGCCCUGGAUGUCAUCCUUUCGUCCCCUCAGUUUGGUGCGAAAACACCACCGCCACGAGAAGACAGUGAGUAG